CAGCUAAUCAAUUAGGGGUCUUGUACUUUGUAGUACGUUAUUACCUAUGUACCUAUCUUGUGACAGUUGAAGUAAUGAGACGGAAGUAACGAGCAUCAAGCAACAACCACAUAUGUACCUAAUGUAUGUACCUAACCUAGGUACCAAUUUGAUAAGGCUGGAACUUUCGAAUCAGAUGGAAACACGAGAUGAAGGUUGUUUCGUUUAUUCUUUAACAUACAAUCACCUUGUCAAUUCUCCCGCUGUUAAUUCAUUCGGUUUUCUUACCUCUAUAAUACUUACUCACUUAUCCUACAGCCUAUCCUCUGUAUUUUCUAUAAUACAACCCUGAAUACCUUCUCCUUAAUACAGCUUGUUCUCAUCCAUACUUGCAGUCCUACAACUAUCCGCCACCUUUUAACAAAGAAGUCCUCAUCCGUAUCUUCCGUAUCUCUCCGCCCAUCAUAGUCAUUCUCGAUCGACGAUAGCGCAAUAUCUACGUCGUCAUCUAUGGCCAAACCUUGAAACCCUCCGAAACAACAAGACCUAUCCUUCAGCCGAGUUUACUAGCGAACACCAGUAGCAAUGGGGAAGGACGUGGAAAGGUCACUUAAGCUAAAGGAAGAUGGGAACAAACACUACCAAUCCGGCGACUUUAUAGGCGCCGAGAGCCUCUACUCUAAAGCCAUCAUUGCCGACGACACGAACGCCUCAUUGUAUACAAAUCGUGCUAUGGCACGGCAUCGACUCGAAUUAUACGAAUCGGCCAUCUCAGACUGCAACGAGUGUCUCAAGCUCAGCGGAGGUAAUCUAAAGGCCUACUUUUUCCUUUCCAAGUGCCAGCUCUCCAUACACGACUACGACGCCGCCCUCGAGAGCGCCCUGCAAGCCCACCGCUUGUGCGUUGAGACAAAUGACAAAUCACUGGGCCCAGUUACCGACCAGGUCCUACGCUGUAAGAAAGAGCGUUGGGACGAAAUGGAAAAGCAGAGGGUCCGCGAGGGGCAAGAGCUGGAGAACGAAGCCAUCGGCCUCUUGGAGCGCGAACGUGAGGACAUGAUCGGCUCGUGCGACAACGACCUCGACAGAGAUCAGGUUACGCAGGAGUGGAAUCACAAGGUCGACUUGCUACGAUCGACAUUCGAAAAGGCUAGAGCCGCAUCAGAGAAGAAGCGCGAGGUUCCCGAUUGGGUAAUUGAUGAUAUUAGUUUCGGUAUCAUGAUCGAUCCGGUAAUUACUAAGACUGGCAAGUCAUACGAAAGGGCGUCUAUUAUGGAGCAUCUUCGAAGACAUCCCACCGAUCCUCUGACAAGAGAGCCACUGCACCCCAGCGACCUACGGCCAAACCUUCAACUAAAGGAAGCCUGCCAAGAGUUUUUAGACCAGAAUGGAUGGGCAGUUGACUGGUAACCGGAGGGUUGUAAGCGAUAUACGAGGAUACUUGAGAUGAUCCGACGAUAAAAAAGCCGGUACAACGGCACGAGGAAGAGUGUAAUGGUAUGGAUCAGUAUUUUGAUUUCAGCAAGCUCUGCAUUGGACGGCGUUUUCCUUUUUCUUUUCUGGGAUGGCCUAGUUGCGUCAUUGUAGGAUAUCCGGCAUUCGUAUGAGGAACGAAUAUUUGAGGCCACGGUUACGAGAAAUGAAUAAGUCAAGUUACACGUUAUUAAUACCAGAGUAUUACUCGAGAUAGUACAGUUACUGUAAACUAGAUGGGAAUCAUGAAAGAUGAUGAACCAUGGUAAUGAAAUUUUAAAUCUUAGUCUUGAAUCUUAGUCUUAAUAGAAACUCACUCAGCAGUAC